UCUGAAUGGUAUGAAUGGAAGUCUGAAAAUACGAAUCUAUUAGAUUUGCAGACAUAACUAAGGGAAUAGCUUAGAUUGAUCUUCUUUGCAUAAUGUUUGCUCCAUGCUCUCUGCGUUAUUUACAGAAUGGGUAGCCAAGUAUCAGUGAGCCCAUUUUGCAAGCAGCUCUUCCUGGUUCAGAGAAGUGAAUGAAAGGCCAUGUGAAUCUCUUCUCCUUUCACUCUGCCCUGCCGCCAGCCAGGGAGCAACAACAACAGAAAAGAAUCCACUUUCUUACCAGUGCAUGAGGUGACUGCAGUCAAGAUGUCUCCAUGCUGUUUGUUGGCUCUGUUGGCUCUAAUCCCCUUAACUCUGGCUGCCAACCCUGGAGUAAAGGUCAAACUCACAGACAAGGGCAUUGAAUAUGGUAAACAAAUUGGGAUGGCAUCUCUGCAACAGAAACUUAAGACCAUUAAGGUCCCAGAUAUCUCUGGAACAGAGAAAGUGCCUCACGUUGGGAAGGUCAAGUACAGUUUGACAGGAAUGACAAUAGUGAAUCUGGGACUUCCCAAGUCUGCAUUGGUACUGGUGCCAGGUACUGGAGUCAGCCUGGCUAUUACUAAUGCCUUCAUCAACCUGCACGGGAACUGGAGGGUCCGAUACUUCAGGUUCAUACAAGACCGUGGCUCCUUCGACCUGGCGGUAAAUGGACUCACCAUCACUGCCAAUAUUGCAAUCAAGAGUGAUGAAACUGGCAGGCCAAUGGUCAGCACUGUCAACUGUGUGGCCAACGUGGGCAGAGCCAGCAUCAAGUUCCAUGGUGGGGCCAGCUGGCUUUACAAUCUUUUCAAGUCCUACAUUGACAAGGCCCUGCGCAGUGCUCUGCAGAAACAGAUCUGCCCCCUAGUGGCUGAUGCUAUUACUGACAUGAACCAACACCUCAAAACUUUCAAUGUUCUAGCCAAAGUGGACCAGUAUGCUGAAAUUGAAUAUUCCAUGGUGACAUCACCCACCAUUUCAAAGUCCUCCAUGGAAUUCAGCUUGAAGGGUGAGUUCUACAACAUUGUUAAGCACCAGGAGCCUCCGUUCUCCCCCACGCCCUUCUCCCUGCCUCCUCAGGACAACAACAUGCUCUACAUCGGGGUCUCUUCCUUCACCCCCAACUCUGCAGGCUUUGUGUACAACAAUGCUGGAGCUCUCAGCCUAUAUGUCACAGAUGAUAUGAUCCCGCCUAGCUCUCCCAUCCGUCUGAACACUGGAACAUUUGGAGUCUUCAUUCCAGAGAUAGCGAAGCGUUUUCCUGGAAUGAUGAUGAAACUGCUGGUGAAGACGGUGAAGGAGCCCACCAUCUCUCUUGAGCCCAACAACGUGACAGUCCAGGCCAGCGGCACAGUGACGGCCUACGCCAUCCAGCCCAACACCACGCUCUCUCCCCUCUUUGUCCUCAACAUGGAGGGUAGUGUCAGCGCUCAACUGAACGUGACUGGGGUGAAGCUGGCUGGGGCUAUCACUCUGAACAAAAUUGAGAUGACAUUGGGAACUAGUUAUGUGGGACAGUUUCAGGUUCAAUCCCUUGACAACAUCUUCCUGAUGGUUCUGAAAGUGGUUGUGAUACCUAAGGUCAAUGCUCACCUAGAGAAGGGUUUUCCCCUUCCCUCUAUUGGAAAGAUGAACCUUGUCAACACUCAACUGCAAGUCCUGAAGGACUACAUGCUGAUUGGGACAGACGUUCAGUUCACAGGAUAAGUGCCAUGUAAAUCCCAGUGCAAGUCAUCAUUAAUCGAUGAUUGAUCAUGCAUCAAAUCAUAAAUCAAAUCAAACCAAUGAGACAUGUAAUUAAUGUUUGCAAAUCAAAUCUAUUAUACUGUACAUAUAUAGUCUAAAACAAUGCACCACAUUCUGAAAUGAAAUACUGUAUCUUCCAAUCUUUUCAGUAUUCCACUUCUAUUCAAUGUUGUAAUUUAUAUUGAAUACAUUUGUAUAAAUAAACAAAUAUCAGUAAAGCUUUCUUUUAUUCGAAAA